AAGGCUCAUAGCACCACCUGCUGGAAUUAAAGCUCUCCUUUGUUCAAGUGCAUCUGUUGAAAAACUGCCAUCAGACAUAACAUACAAAUUAGCAAGGAUUAAAUCUCUCAGAGUCAGUGUCUUUUGUCAUUCCUGAUUCUUGUGUGUUGGUAAAUAUUUAUUCAGAAUCCAACAGUAACUGCCCGUUGUUUGACUGAUAUUUCAAAAAAAGAAUUGCCAUUAAAAGAAAGGAUACGGAACGACUCUGAUCCUGAUUUAACCAUUUUGUCAAAAAAAAUAGUCUGAAAGUCAUAAAAUUAAAAAGUUGUGAGAACAGAGUAUUGGAUUACUUAAGGUAUUUUUUAAAGUAAUUUUGACUAUAUUAUUUGUGAUUGUAUCUUCUUUUUUCCACUAACUUGAAUAACGUUACAUCCAUUACAAAUAUAGGACAUCACAAACAUAUCACUGUUGUGUUAUAAAGCACUGCAUAUUCAUUUCUUAAUAUGGAAAUACAUGUAAUUAUAUAUGUAUAUGUAUGAUGCACCAUGUGCUCUGUCAGACUGUGCAUAUUUCAACAUAACAUGCCCAGCUGGUCAAAGCAGAGGUCUGACGUGUGGCUCUGAACUGGCUGCUUAAGAUUAGAGAAAGCCUGUGUGCCGUGUGCACGUGCGUUUAUGUGACGACAGGAAGUAGGCUCCGCCCAUGUGUUUUGGUUCCGUUGUCACGCGACAGAUAUUAGACUGAUAAUUCUGGCCAAAAUAAAUUCUGAAAUCACAGUGAAUCACCCUUUUACUCUCGCUUUGUCUCAUGGGCGAGUACAAUUUAUUCCAUCUUCAUUUUAUUUGUUUUGACGUGCCCCCACUCAAAUCACUUCUGAAGUACCGAGUAUUAUUCUGAACGCUCUAAGCGGAAGUUGUUUCUCCACAAGUCUUGAUGACUUGACACUGACCGGGAAUGAACCGACUCCCUCCUCCACGGUAAUUGAAGAUGGAAUCGCCAGAAAGGCUGUCCGGUCAGGCAGUUGGUGUUGAGCAGGAUGCUACACCGACCCCCGUGGAUGUGGACACGGCAGUGUUGCUGCUGGGAGCCGGAGUGACAGCCGUUACACAUCCGUUGCUAUAUGUGAAGCUGCUAAUACAGGUGGGACAUGAACCUCUUCCCCCAACUGUGGGCACAACUAUGUUUGGAAGAAGAGUCUUAUACUUACCAGGCUUCUUCUCCUAUGCACAGCACAUUGUGAAAGUGGAUGGAAAGAGGGGUCUCUUCCGCGGCCUCUCACCUCGUAUUGUGUCCAGUGCCAUCUCCACCAUGGUCAGGAGCAAAGUUAAACAGGUAGAGCUUCUAUCCAUGAAAGAUGAACUGCAGACUUCACUCAGGAAAGUGGUCAAAGAGACCACACACGAAAUGAUCAUCCAGUGCCUGUCCAGAGUAGCCACUCAUCCUUUUCAUGUUAUGUCAGUGCGUUGUAUGGCCCAAUUUGUCGGCAGAGAGGUCAAGUUCGGAGGGAUAUUCAGUUGUGUGAUGAAGAUUUUUAAGGAGGAAGGAGUUGCUGGAUUUUAUGUUGGUCUCAUACCCCAUGUGCUGGGAGAGGUACUCUUCCUUUGGUGUUGUAACCUUCUGGCUCACUUUAUUAAUACCUACGCUGUAGAUGAAAGCUUCAGCCAGGCGGCAGCAGUAAGAAGCUACACUAAGUUUGUGAUGGGCAUUGCAGUCAGCGUUCUGACAUAUCCAUUCAUGUUGGUGGCCGACCUUAUGGCAGUCAACAACUGUGGUCUGGCUGCAGGUCUUCCUCCUCACUCUCCGAUCUUUAAGUCCUGGUUGCACUGCUGGAAUCACCUGAACCAAAAGUCAGUACGUCCCCCUUCCUGUCAGGGCCACCUCUUCAGAGGAUCCAGCUUCUUUUUCCGCCGAUUGCCUGUGACCUCCCUGCCUGUCAUCGAGGACUGACAUCGUCAUCAUCACUUGCUGGGAUGAUCUUUCUCCUUCCUCGCAGAAACAUUUUCCGAAGGCACGUUCCCCACCCCAACUUGCCUGUCAGCCUCUGUUGCUGUCAUCCAGAUGUAGCAGUAGCAAAACACUCAACUCAUGGAGUGCCAAUGAACUUUCUGUUACAGGCGCUUAAGUUGGGUUCAGUGGGGUGAGGACAGAGGUUGUUCUAAACUACUGUGCAGUGUUUUGUUCUUGACUGUGGUGACCAAAUGUGUCAAUACACCACAGCUAUGAUUUCAUUGCUUCCUCUCCAUAGCAACAUCUGCUGAGGCUCAUGGGUACUACAGUAAUUAAUAUUUGGAUCAAAAACAUGAUUUGUAUGGCCACUCUUAUAAUAUCAUAUUGUUAUAAACACUGUCAUAAAACACUGUGUAACCAUGAGUGUUACGCAGUAAGAUGAUCAGCUGAUUCCAGAGCUGUGCAGGAGAGCUCAUCUGUUUAGUGUCAUUAUGUAAAUAGUGGUGGAUAUUUGUCAGACUGAAGCUCUGUCCGUCCUUCACACUAUACAUUAGAUUAUAAAGCUGCUGAGAUAUUUGAUCAAAUGUAGGCGAUCACAAGCUACGCUGUCUCGCUGCUGACACACAUUAGGUCAAUAAUGUCAUUAAUGAUCAUAAUUCUGUAUUGAAGAUAUGGCUGAAGUUAACCCAUAAAAGACCAAACCAACCAAUUCAUUACCACUCACUUGUACAUUACAGCUACCAUUUUGAAAACAUGUAUGUGUCUCAGAGAUGUGGCUGCAUUUUGUUCAGUGGUCCAGGAUGUCAUAAGAUGUAUCAAGAUCUGCUUAAGAUGUAUAAUCCAUCAGAGUCUGCACCGAUGUUUGUCAGUUACACUAAAGGGAGAUGAUGUAACUUUUGCUUGGCAAAAAAGAUAACAGAACAUUGGAUUUACUUCGCUUUUCAAGACAGUGCUGAGUGUGUCACUUUAAAUACAUCAUCAUUAGGUGACCUGACUGAGAGGGGGUGGAAUAAGAUGACAAGAGUCCCAACAGCUUAACCCAGGUGUGUGCACAUUCGAGAGAGAAAAGAGUCUCUAGGCAUGAGGUGCAUCACUUCCUUUCUUCCAAAUAGUUCAACUUUUAUGAAGGUCAUCAAUGUCUGUGAUUGGUUUUAGUGAAUUAUGUGCUUAAACUCAUACUGCUUCAACACCCAGACACAAAAUGCAAAAAGUGAAAAUAUAUAAUUUUUUAAUCUCGUUUCUGCUCAGGAUGAGAAUGGAUAUCUGUGAAAUGAAAUAGAAUCUCUAAGAAAGGACUGCACUGAGUUUAAGUUUCAGUUUUUUAGAUACUGAGCAAACAGAACUUGAUCUUCUCUUUCUCUGUGAAGAUGUUUGUAAUUACUGUUGGCAUCUAUAUAUAUUUAUAUAUAAAAAAUAAGAUAGGAGCCAAUAAAAGGCCAGUCAGCUUGUGUGCUGUUAACGAUCACCUUGUUGUAACUGGUGAUUUUGUGUUUGUCACCAAACUUCGAGGACUGAUGCUUUCUCAUCCUGAACAGGAAGGAAUUCAAAUUCAUUUUUAUAUUCAGUGUGGUAAAUAUAGGGUUUGAAUGCAAUAUGGGUUUAAGAACACUAUUUCACUAGAAUCAAGCCUUGUAAUUGAAAACACAAGUAUAGUUUAUAAAUUAAUUUUUAAAGAGAAAUAUGUUAUAAUCUGAAACAUGUGGUUUUAGUGUCCAGCUAAUAUCUCCUGUCUUUACCUAACCUCACUUAGAGCUUAGCUUAUUUAGUUUAGAGUAUUUCUUUCACACCCAACAGCCUACAAGAAACAAUACUAGUGUCUGUUAUUCUAACAUUGAUUCAAGUCCUGAAUGGAGAGACUCCCUUGAGCCUUUUUCAAAUCUGAUUGAAAAAACAUACUCUCAGGGAAAAAAGGAUUCACAUGGAUAUGAUGGGCCUCAUGUCUUCUCAAAGUGUGUUUCCUUCUUGUUUUACUUUAUUGAUAAAAGUAGCACAGCUGGAGAAGAGUCAUAAUGUUACAACAUUAACACUGGCCACCAUAAGCUACUUGUCAUAGCAGACCAGGUCUACAGUAGCAAAACCUCUGAGUGUCUCCAACUGAGCACGUGUGUCCUGCUGCUGAUAAAUCAAACUACAUUUCAGAGCAGAAAAUCAGGUUGUGUCUUCUUUCAAAAAAUCAGUCUCACUUUGAACCAUCAUUUAAAAUACUAAGUUGGUUGGAAAUACUUCCCCAUACAACAUCUUCACCCAUCGCUCUAAUAAACACCCAACAAGGAUAGGGGUAGAGAAUAUCGACAGAAGAACAUCGCAUAACAUGGAUUCCAUGUAAAAAAAAAAGAGAAAAAAAGUAAGUAAAGUGGUACCAAUAAUACAGCAGUAGUAAUGAUAAUAAUGAUAAUUAAAGUAUUAACUGCUAACAUAGCAAUACAACUAAUAGCAGUAUAAGUAAUUUCUAAUUCUAGCAGCAGGUGUUGAGUGGAGUUGUAGGAGCAGCAGGAGACUUGUCAUCACAGAUCAGACUCUACAGCUCUACAGCUGAAUCCAUACUGAUGGAGAGAGAGAGAGAGAGAGAGAGAGAGAGAGAGAAGCUCAGUGCAUCAUGGGAGAUCUCCCAGCAGUCUAGGCCUAUAGCAGCAUAACUAAGGGAUGGUUCAAGCCUGAGCCAACCCUAACUAUAAGCUUUAUCAAAGAGGAAAGUUUUAAGCCGACUCUUAAAGGUACAGAGGGUGUCUGCCUCCUGGACCCAAACUGGGAGAAGGUUCCACAUACUAUAUAUAUAUAUAUAUAUAUAUAUAUAUAUGUAUGUAUAGUAUGUGUGUGGAAGUGCAUGGAAAAUCUCAUGGCUGUUUGGUCUCACAGGAAAUAGUAAAACUGUGUAACAUGAGCUUUAAGUAUGCAAAUAUAUACACCAGUAUCUUUCUCAUAUCUUCAUUUUAUACCCUGAAGUUUUGAGAAUUUUCCUUUGAUUUUGUGUUUUUUAAAAUAUAUUUUUAUGCAAAAAAAAUAUAUAUAUAUAUUCCAUGAUGUGCAACCUGUGUUGCAUUUAAAUGUCUGCUUUGUUCUUGUUGAAUGAUGCAUCUGUUCCUUGAAGGGACGGCCAAUAACAUGCUCAUGCGACUGAUGGUGGUCAUAUUUUGAGUGAAGUCCUCUGCCUGUCUGUUUGUGUUUUUAUCCAUGGAACUGUGUUGUGAUUGUGACUCAUUUGUCCUCCCUCAGUCGUUAGGAAAAUAAAAUCUUUCCUACUUCACAGUGUUUAAUUCACGUUCACAAUCUAAGCACCAUUUUCAAAGGUUUCAAAAAAUUUCUAAAGCUGUAUUUAUUGUAAGUAAUAAGUUAUUUAAUGAUUAAUGGGAUAAGAACACAUUUUGCAUUGCCAGGAUGUGAAAAAUGCCCUUGGCUGGUGUUAGUCCUCCAGCAGGAAACUUGUGGCACAUUUUGGAUGGCCUCUUAACUCAUCAUGAAAUUCCUCCACUGGACUGUUUGACCACUAAAUCUGUGCCAAUAUCUGUCUAUUAACUAAUUAUUAAAAGCUACUUAAAGAUGAACAUUUGUUGUCUUGACGCAGGAUAUAAUUACCAAAAAAGUGUGUACUUUACUUUGCCAUAACAAAAUGUUUUAAUCAGUAUCAGUGUUUUAGGUAUUUCUAGGAAAUAACCAAAACAUCAUUACCUUUACUUUUUAAUGUAAUGUAAAAAUCAUACACUUAUUUAUUAUUUAAUUAAACCAGGUAAAAGGUGACAAGAAAACCAUUAAGAUGGAGAAAAGUUAUGUUAUACGCUGUUUACACUACUACAGUUACAAUUAUCUUUAUAUAUUAUAUUUAAAGGUUGUACCGAAUGGCCUUAUUAAUAGUUAGAAAAAUAAUGUAUUAGUGAUUUGCAGACAAAACAGGUACCAUUAAAGAAAACUUUAGGACUGUCUGUUUAUUUCGCAGUAGUCUGAUGACCAAUUGUUUUCUCACUUGGUCAGAAUAAAUGUAUCUGUACAAAUAUGAGAUGGGAUCCACUCUAGUGAGUGUUUAGCAAAGUGCAGUUCAAAAUUCAAGUUUUUUUCAGGUUAUGAUCAUCAAAAUGACACAUCAUUCAAAUGCUUUCCUUUAAAAUAAAAUAAAAUAAUUAUUUAUAGUCUUGAUUGUUUUAAAUCAGGUCAAGUUUUAGCGAAUCUCAAAUUCUCAUUGUGACCUGAGUCUGACUCAAGAUCAAGUCUUAGGUUGGCAGCUUUGCUUUGGACUGUUCCUGGGUUAAAGAAACCCGCUCACUUGAUGACCACGGAUCAGAUACGGAGCCACUUGUGUUUUGUUUGGUUGAGAUAACCAGGCCUUAGUAUAGUUUCACUCUCUCACACACACCUUGCUAGGUUUUCUUCGUUGUCUAGCCACAUUUGUCUUAGGGAUGCUACUUCAGUUGUAUUUUGGUGCGGUUUGAUUCAGGGUUUAAUACUUCUACCCCUAGUCCAGCUCCUGAGUGGAGUCCUCCUUUAGUUAUCUAGUUGUUUUACUUAUUUCUUGUUGUAUUCUGGCUGUGUAUGCAGUACCUCUUGGUUCAUUAAAAAGUUCAUGAUUUUGCUACAAACCUUUGACCACCCAGUUAUUAUGUUACUUCCCCUUCCCCCAGCCAGCCAGGGUUUUAACACCUUGCAUCCUUCUCUAGGGGACAGAUCACCUAAAUCCUAAUAAAGCCAUUCAUUCAAAACGUGAAAGAAAACACACCACACUAAGUGCAGAGUAUUUCAUUGUCAAAUAGCAUAAAAACAAUACAACAGCCACACGCUACAAAGAGAACAGUGGUUUAAAUAAUGUACACCCACCUUCCCAAAACCCCUCAUUUAUGAUUCUCAGAUCACAUAGGUGGUAUAUGAUGACACAAGCACAGCAUACAAACACAUCUGUGCAUCACUUAGAAAACAACAUACAGACCUUCAAGCAGUCCAACAUUGCAUUGUUUUUAAUGAGGAUGAUCAAAUCCUCACCCACAAUCUGAAAUCUCUCUCUCUAUUCCUCACUCACACACACACACACACACACACACACACACACACACA